UGUAUCUUGGUAUCCCUGGUAUCCUGGUAUCCCUGGUAUCCUGGUAUCCUGGUAUCAUUUAUGAUGAUGUGUUUAGGUUUACAAGUAGAUCAGAAACCCCUAAUCUUCGGCUGAACUGUUCCCAGGAUGCCACCCAGAGCCAACCCACCUCUCCUUUAAGUUACACAACCUCCCCCAUGGCAUCGCCUCUCUCUACAUCCUCCUCAUCCCUCAACCCGUUCUCCUCCUCAGCCUCCUUUUCACCCUCCAACCUGCCUCCGGCCUCCUCCCCUCCCUGCCGGGCAACCUCUCCCUUCCAAGAGGCCAAAGAAGCCCUGCUAGGGUUACCAACUAAACUCAGAACCCCUGAUAUAGCUCGUGGGACUAAAAGGGGUUCGGAUGCGGACCGUAAAGGAAAGGAUAGUCCUGGGAAGGGUGGUAGUCCGUUUAGCGGAUGGACGAGUGGACCUGCUAAGUCAAGGACGAGUGCUCCGUCCACCCCCAGUCCUCCUGCUAGUCCUUGUAGUCUUCUCCUAGACUCAAGUUCAGAUAGUGACUCAGGUGUGUUGAGUAUGACUAGUAGUGAAAGUCAAGUUAGAUUCUCUUCACAUACGCUGGACAAAGCAACUAAAGCCAAGGUGACCCUGGAGAACUACUACAGCAACCUUAUCUCACAACAUAGAGAGAGAAAGGACAGACUCAAAAGACUUGAAGAAACAUUGCAGGAUAAUUCUCUGACGGACUCUGCCCGCGUGGAGAAAAGAGUUCAACACGCGGCAAAGGAAACAGAAUUCUUGCGCUUGAAGAGAUCUAGAUUAGGGGUAGACGACUUCGAUCCUCUCAAGGUCAUCGGUAAAGGAGCUUUUGGUGAGGUGAGACUAGUACAGAAGGUAGAUACUGGUCACGUGUACGCUAUGAAAAUUCUUCGUAAGGCUGAUAUGGUGGAGAAAGAACAAUUGGCGCAUGUCCGAGCUGAACGAGACAUAUUAGUUGAAGCAGAUCAUCAGUGGGUGGUCAAGAUGUUUUAUUCAUUCCAGGAUCCUUGUAAUCUUUACCUCAUCAUGGAAUUUCUACCUGGAGGAGACAUGAUGACACUACUAAUGAAGAAGGAUACAUUGUCAGAAGAGGCAACUCAGUUCUAUAUUGCAGAAACAGCCUUAGCUAUAGAGUCCAUACAUAAACUAGGGU